AUGGAAAAGGAUUCGCUCGGUGGCAGCAAAUAUUUGCUGCUGAUCAUCGACGAAGCCAGUGGAUGCAUGAAGGGCUUUUGUCUACGAGUGAAGUCCGAGAGUGAAGACUACAUCCGGAAAUAUAUCACCAUGGUACAGACGCAAUUCUGUAAGAAGGUCAAGUUCGUGCGACACGACGGAGCUCGCGAGUUUGCAAACAACUCGCUUCAACUGUUCUACGAAGACGAAGGCAUUGAACAGCAGACAACGGUGCCGUAUGCACAUCAAACAAACAGAACAGCAGAGCGUGCCAUUAGGACUAUUGUCACGAUCGGCCGCAGCAUGCUUCAUCAUGCCAAACUGGACAAGUGUUUCUGGGCCGAAGCAGCGAUGACGGCCAUCUACGUCAAGAAUCGACUGCCGUCACCUAAAGUCGUGCACAAGACCCCGUUUGAGAUCGUCUACAACUUGAAACCAAGCGUCAAGCACAUGCGAACAUUCGGGUGUCAGACAUACAUACUGACGCCUAAAGAGAAUCGACUCAAGUGGGAUCCAAAGGCUCGCGCUGGCAUAUUCGUGGGCUACGAAGAAGUUUCGAAGGCAUAUCGUGUUUAUGACAUCGAGGCGGGGCAGGUGGUUAUCAGCCGCGAUGUCAACUUCGAAGAGUCCACCUUUGGACUUCAACUGCCGAUCACUGAUGAAGAUGUCGAUGACCUGGACUUCGAAUUGCUGGAUCUUGAUGACGAAGAGCUGCGUCAAAUGGAGUACAAGCAAACAGGCAAGCGCAAGAACCGACUCAAUGAUGAAGAUACAGCACCUCCACGACCGCGUGCAGUGCGUCAACGACCAGGACUAGAAGAGUCAAGCGCGCCGGAAAACAACUCGUCACGACAAGAAGAAGACGAAGAAACGAAGGAUUCUGGUGAUUCAACACCGCCUGUGUUUUGGCGUGCGAGUGCAAAUGCCGUUGAAGCAGCAGUGAACUUAUCAGAGCCCUCAACAUUUGAAGCAGCAGUAAGCGACCCUGACCAAGUGCACUGGAGAAAAGCAAUUCAUGCAGAGCUCGAGUCAAUGCGACUUCGCGGUGUGUUUCGUGCAGCCAAGCUGCCCAACGGACAACGCGCCAUUGGCACAAAAUGGGUGUUCAAGAUCAAGCGCAAGGCGGAUGGGUCAAUCGAGAAGUACAAGGCACGACUUGUGGCCAAGGGUUUCCGCCAAAAGUAUGGCAUCGACUACACGGAGACGUUUUCGCCGGUAGUCAACUUUCCUAUACGGAGAAAUGAAGAGCAGGUAUUCUGCGCGAUCCCAGAAGGGAUCGAGGUUGAUGAAGACUUUGACUGCUUUGAACUGGUCAAGGCGAUCUACGGACUAAAACAAGCAUCGCGUGUAUGGAACGAGACUUUCCAUGAGUUCGUCUGCUCCACUGGAUUUCAAGUAUCCGAUUUUGACCCGUGUCUUUAUCUCAAGAUUACAAGUGGCGAGUGCGUGCUUUUGCUGGUAUACGUCAAUGAUGUGCUGGUGACUGGCAGUUCGACCGAACUGAUUAUGCGCACCAAGAGUGACUUAAAGGCGCGUUUCGAAAUGACUGACAGCGGCAAGUGCGCAUUCGUGUUGGGCAUCGAGCUGCGACUGCAAAGCCGUCACCAGCCCAACAGACACCAGUUCUCGACUCAUACCAAGCACCGCAGCAAUGAAGUUCUCCACAUCAGCGCCAAGCUCAGCAGUAUCGGUGCCAAGAUGGAGGAUGAGGACGUGGCGAUCUGCUUGUUGUGCAGCCUCCCCAAGAGCUACGAGAAUGUCGUGCUGAACUUGGAGAUGAGCAGCGUGGAACUGCGGACGCAAGACGCCGUGAAAGAGCUGACGAGUGAGUACAUCAAGAGACAAGGAAACAAGGAAACAAGACGACGUCGGUGA